CCGGCGCGGUUCCUCGGGGUCUGCCCGGCCUCUGGGGGUUCCGCCAGCGGCGCCGGCCGCGGCUGAGCCAGGCUGGGCCGGGCCUCGCCGCCAUGUUCACCAGCACCGGCUCUAACGGGCUCUAUAAAGCACCUUUGUCAAAGAGUCUGUUACUAGUCCCAAGUGCCAUCUCGAUUCUAUUGACUCUGCUCUUCCAACAUUAUCAGAAGUUCUUUGCAUAUAACCUACAAGCUAUAAAAGAGGAUUUUCAGAUUUGGAGACUUGUAUGUGGGAGAACUAUAUGUCUUGAUUUGAAAGACACAUUCUGCAGCAGUCUGCUCAUUUACAACUUUAGAAUAUUUGAGAGAAGAUAUGGCAGCAGAAAAUUUUCAUCCUUUUUACUGGGUGCUUGGAUGCUCUCAGCUUUGUUUGAUCUUCUUCUUGUAGAAAUCACUCAGUAUAUAUUUGGCAUCACAAUCAACAGCUUGCCUUCUGGUUUCUUGGGUCCUGUAUUUGCACUGUUUGUACCAUUUUAUUCCUCCAUUCCAAGAGUGCAGGUAACACAAGUGUUAGGCUACUUUUCCAUCACAAACAAGACACUGGUCUACAUACUGGGUUUACAGCUCUUAACCUCUGGUUCCUACAUCUGGAUUUUAGCCUUAAGUGGACUGGUAUCUGGGAUUUGUUACAAUAGCAAUAUAUUAAAAGUUCAUCGAAUUCUUUGUGUGCCCAGCUGGGUAGCAAAGAUAUUUUCUUGGACUCUUGAACCAAUCUUCUCAUCUGCGGAACCAACAAAUGAAGUUCGUGUGGGAAUGGGAGCAACAAUUGACAUCCAGAGGCAGCAGAGAAUGGAGUUACUGGAUCGUCAGAUCAUGAUGUCUCAAGUUGCCCAAAUGAGGAGGCAAAGGCAGCAGCAGGGUGGGAUGAUUAACUGGAAUAGACUGUUUCCUCCUUUGCGACAUAGACAUAAUGCAAAUUAUCAAGAUCAUCGCCCGUCUGAACAAGACACGCCUCCGCCUACUGAGGUUUCUGAAGAGCAGGUUGCACGACUUAUGGAAAUGGGAUUUUCCAGGGGAGAUGCUCUAGAAGCUCUGAGGGCUUCAAAUAAUGACUUAAAUGUAGCCACUAAUUUUCUGCUGCAGCACUGAUGGUUUUCCGUGUGAAGGAACUUCCCUCGAAGGGUUUGUACGCAUCUGAAAGAGGAUCAAAGCCACCUGCUGGACAGACUCGCGAAGGUCAGCCCCGCACGGGCGUCGGAGGAGAGAAACUGGCUCCUCGUGACUGGUGAUUCAAAGCAGUGCUAAUGAAUGACGUGAACUGUUCCCAAGCCUUCAGAUCACUCGGUGGUUUCUAGUCUGGUUGUGCUCUUCGAAGUAACUUUAGUUUCUAAUUAUUACGGGAUAUCACCUAAAUUUAUUUUCGAAAUAAAGUAGGUGUUUUUUUUCUUGUAAAUCCUUGUUAGACAUGUUAUCAGGCUUAAGGACUAGGAAAAGAAGCUCCAACAACCACAACAACUAGAUUUACCUAUCAAGGAAAAUAAUAUUUUCUUCAUUUAUCCUUCUAAUUUGUCUAGCUUACAUGUUAUUUUACAGUACUUGAUUUUUGACUACAGUAAUAAGAGGUUUGAAGGUCAUUACAAUUUCAACUCUGUAAAGGGUUAUGGGACUAUUAUGUCAUUCUUUGGAAAGCUCUAUUAAUGCCUGUAAUAUUUUAUUUCUUGAAUUCCUUUUUAAAUAAAAGUUGUCAUUCAGCACAUAAUAAACAGGUAGGAUGAGAGAAAAUUCAUGUGCAUAUUGCAAGUCUGGUAAGUGACUGCUGUAAGUUGAAACUUUUACAGAUUGAGUGAAUUGCUGUUCAGAUACAGGUCAGGAAGAAGAUACUCACAGGAAGCAAUAAAGAUUAAUUGAAUGAUACAAUAAGAUCAGAACUGAAAUGAUUUGAAUGUCUUCCAUGUCUAAUUCAGACUCCAUAACUACGGAUGUAUGCUGUGUCCCUAUGUGCUGGUUUCAUUUUUUGAGCUGGACACACACUGUCUUAAAAGAAAAUUAUAAAAUGCUAACUUUUCUAUUUAUAGUUCUAGUUUUGUACUGUCAGCAAUGUGGAUGACCCUGCAUUUGCCAAAUCCUCAUUGUUGAAGGAACUUGAUGUUGAUCACAGACUGGAAUAUUAACCUUAAGGGUGAUUCAGGCUUACACAGAAGGUAACGGGAUGAUAUGCCAAGAUAGUAUAGUGUUGGUUUAGAAUUUUAGAGUGAUAGUUAAGCUUGCUUGGCUUGACUCUGAGACAUGCUCAGUAUUAGCACCUCAGGAGUUUCAGGGUGGAGAGAGGUGAACAUCUCUAUAAAACCAAGCCGAAGUAAUACAAGAUUCCAAACUGUGACUCUGUGAAACCAGUAUACACAUGUAUCUCAAGCAUUUAAUGUUUCUGUAUUUACUUGUGUUUGUAUAUUGUGUGUAUAUGUGUUUAUUUGUAUACACACAGGCAUAUUUAAUACAAACAUUUAGAAUAAGAUGCAGGUCAUCAGAAGCAUAACAGAAGGCAACAGCAGGUACAAAGGGGAGAAGGUAAAAGAAUACAGAAGAGAGAAGGAUGUUUUGGAAAUCAAAAUGAACACAUAUGUAUGCAAGUAUAGAUCUGCAGUCUCACCUGGCCUGGAAAAUACACCAGGAAGCUACAGGACAAGACUGAGGGAGAGCGAGAGAGGUACCUUUCUUUUUCUCUUUUAAUUGACUGAUAAAACUGAAAAAAGCCCUUUAGGCAUAUAAGUCCUUAUCCAGAAAUUACAUCAAAUUUGUGCAGCUUUUGGCACAUGACAUAGUUUUUAAUAAGGUCGGUGUGCUGUAUGUAUUUUUUAGUAUUUUCCAGUGGGUAAAAUAAGGGGGUUUUGGAAUGACUGUGUGUUUUCCUGAGUUUUGAUCGACUUCCUUCAGGGUUUGGCUUGCUACUAUGUUUACAUUAUUUAGGCAAGGUCUGCUUUUCAGUUGAAAGGUUUUGUUUGUAUGAAGCUGAGUGGCUCUCCAUGUGUGUAGGCUACAGACAUUUCUGUAUCCAGAGAACUGUGAAAACCUGCUCUUACAAAGCAAAGGCCAAAUGUAAGUUAAAAAACCUACAAUAAUUUGUAUAUGCAGACUAGUUAAAUGCUUUGAAACAAGGACAGGUUUUAAUUUUGAAGGUUAUUUCAUUCCCAAAUAUUUUAUCCAAAUUAGCAAUAAAGACUAGUGAAUUACUUUAGUAGAAGUCAAAUUUUACCUGUAGGAAAUAAAGGUCCACCUAGCCCAGGGUAAAUUAAAUGUGACUUGUGCCCUUUCAGACAUUGCCCUGCUCUAGGGACAAGCACAAAGUGUGUUUAUUCCUUAGAAUUGUAAAAUGUGUUGAGUGGCAUCUUGGACAUGUAGAUGGAUAUUCUCCAAGUGUAAAUCCUUUCUUACUGUUACCUGUACAAGGGGUAUUCAAAUGUCAUUGUUUUGUGGAAAACACCAUUUUGCUGGGUAUUUCACAAAACAUGGUCAGACAUAAGGGGUAAAAUUCAGGUCUUGGUGAUGUCAUUUGAAAAUUCCCGUUGACAUCUGUGGCAGCAAUUUGUGCUCAAAAUGCUUCCAGGGUUGUGAUUUCCAAUUAAGAAAAAAAAAGAAGUGAUGAAAGGGGGGGUCUCAGAUGCUGUUGAACACAGUUCCUGUUUCCUGCAAGAGCCAUAGAAGAAAGGUUCACACACUGAAGCCAGAAAACAGCUCUGUUUCCACUCAGUGGUGAAACUUGCAUGGACCAUUUCUGGGAAGACAAAGAACAUGUUCUUCACAUCCCACACAGUGUUCAUCCAAUAUGUUUUAAAUAUCUCAUCACACCGUUCCUAUUUCGUGUGACAUGGGUGUUUUUAGGCAUCCAGAGAACACAGCAUACUUUUCAUGGAGGGGAUUUGCAGUCCCUAGGAAAUUCACACUGGUUUUGGUAAAACCAGGAUUUGGUAUUUUGAGAUAGAAGCAUUUUCUACUAUUAAAAUUUCUCUGCUAGACUGGGAGUGUUGUCGUCUGAGACAUCAGAGAAAUUUAUUGGGGACUUUCCUAGACAGUUGCAUGAUAUUUCACAGUACACCCACAGUGAGGUUUGUAGUUGUGGAAUCUGCCUGAUAAGCCACCAGGUUCUCAAGCCUUAACUUUUUGCUUAGAUGUCUCUGUAUCUACCGAAACCAUUUGCCUCUCUCAAACCAAGUGUUAAAGGUUGCCUUCUACUUAGUGAGCACAGGGAUGGACAGGGUUGGUUCAGGUACCAGCCUGUGCUGUCUGGAGCUUGUUGUUGCCUUUCUGAACAUGUGGUGGAGAAAAAGAUCUCGAUGUUUCUGUCUGAAACAGAACAAGCAAGCAAGCAAAACAUACUGCAAGGUACUGGGCAAAGAGCAACAGGCUCUCCUUUUUGUGUGUGUGUGUAUAUGUAUAUGCAUAUAUGUGUAUGCAUAUGUAUAUAUGCAGAGAGUGAAAAUAUUCAUGUAUUGCUUUUAUGAAAUUAACUGGAGCUACGAGUUGAAGAAAAUUAAAAGUCUGCGUUAAAAGAUA